AUGCCAGGAAAAGUCUCGGUGACGAUUGUAGGCGGAGGAAUCGGCGGCCUGUCGCUUGCAAACAUGUUUGAGCACGCCGGUAUCAACUAUGUGAUCCUCGAAAAGUCCUCCAACGUCAAGCCCCUGGGUUCUUCCCUUGGACUCGAUGCCAGUUCUCUGCCAGUUAUGGAGCAACUGAAUUUGCUUGACGACUUUUACAAUGCCUCCAAGCCUGUCCGUCAGUUCAAUUUUUAUAACGAGGCUGUCGAGUCGACUGGCGUCGUUGACUUCGCCUGCAUGACCGAGAUUGGAGGAUACCCAGCGGUGAUCCUAGACCGCCCUGCGUUCUAUGACAUCCUGUUGAAGAACCUGCCAAAGUCCAAGAUCCUCUACGGCAAGCGUGUCACCGAGAUCGAGCAAGACGACAAGGGCGCCACCGUUCGUUGCGCAGACGGAAGCGACAUUGUUGUGGGCGCGGAUGGUGCAUACAGUGCGGUCCGUCAAAUAAUGUAUAAGGAGCUGGCUGAGAAGGGCAAACUGUCUGCCAAUGAUGCCCUGCCAUUGAGCUAUGACCAACACUGCCUCGUUGGAGUCAGCGAGCCCUUUGAUCCCAAGGACCAUGAGCUGCUUCGCAGAAAGACUUCUGACUUUGAGAUCGUCAUCCCCAAGUCUGACCCCUUCUACGCGAUCUACAUGCCACUGCCAGGCAACCGUGUGUCAUGGGCAGUGAUCCACAACGUACCCAAGGCGAGCGCCAAGGACGGCGAGGCCCGAUUUUCGGAAUGGGGUCCAGAAGCAACUGAGGAGAUGAUUAACUUUGUUCGCCACCAGCCCAGUCCACUCAAGUGCACCCUGGGCGAGGUCAUCGACCGCACCCCUAAGCAUUUGAUCUCCAAGAUCAUGCUUGAAGAGAAGUAUUUCGAGUCCUGGUACAAUGGACGAGUUGUCCUCCUUGGCGAUGUGCCAAGUGCAGGAUUAGGCGCCAACUUGGCAAUUCUGGACGGCGUCCACUUGUGCAAUCUCCUCGUGGACAUACCCUCACCCACCCAGGAAAACAUCGCCAUCGUCUUUGAGAACUACUUCGGCAACCGGUCCAAGAUCGCCCAGGCCGCCCUCGACAAUGCCCGCCAGUUCGGGAAAGUCAUGUCCAACCGAGGCUUUGUGUCGGAGGUGGUGCGCAAGAUCUUUUUCAACUACAUUCCAGACUGGAUGACGCGCAUGCAAAACACCCAGCGAUUGCAGUUCCGUCCUCAGUUGCAUUUCUUGCCUCAGGUGCCUGACCGUGGCACACCUAAGGCCCAACCCCAAGAGCCACGUCUCUUUGUCUCCGCCGCCACCGCUUAA